AUGACUGGAGAACAGGCCCCUCCAGGGGUGCUGUCUAUGCCUCGACCAAAUGUCAACUGGAAUUUGUUGAUACAUGGCAAACACGAGGUGCGACACCACCAGAGAAAUGAUGCUAGGGAUCUGGGAAUGGAUCUCACCAAACUCAAACCUGUGCCAGACAGGCCAAGGAUUUUUAUGUCCAGCAAAUCGGGCAAAGUUGUGAUUGUGUUUCCUAAUGGAGAAAUUGUCGAAGUGGCAAAUCCACCUGAUCGGGCAAAAGAUGACGCCAGCGUCGGAUCUAAAAAUGGUCAGCUGUCACGAACUGGAUCUCUAACAGUGCUGAGAAGAACUAACUCCAAAACCAAGGUGGGAGGUUCUACCAGUAGCAGUCGAACUUCCAGUGUUGUCAGUGCUGAGAGUGAUUCUUACGCAAGUGUGGACCUUGGGACUGACAAAUUACCAGCAAUAGAUACCCCAGAUGCUUCACAUGUUUGCUCAAUACGAUUAAGACAUAUACUGAGAAGGUUACAGAAGGAAGACAUAUCGCGGGAGGACUUACAGAGGAAUUUGGAAUAUGCAGCAUCCGUUUUAGAAACAGUUUACAUAGAUGAAACAAGACCUAAACAGGAGUCUCAGGAAGUGCGCCUGUGUGAUGAUGAUGAUGAACUCAGUGAGGUGGAGCCAGAUGCUGUGCCAAGUGAGGUCCGGGAUUGGUUAGCACUCACAUUCACGCGUUCCAUGAGCAACAUCAAACGGCGUGGUGAUGACAAACCCAAGUUCCGCAGCGUGGCACAUGCAAUUCGAGCUGGUAUUAUGGUUGAUAGGAUAUAUCGUCGCCUGUCUAGUUCAGCUGGUCUCCAUGUCCCACCACACGUACUACAGCUACUAAAGCAACUUGAUGAGUGGUCUUUUGAUGUGUUUGCGGUAAAUACAGCCGCCGACGGACAUGCCUUGAAAUUUGUGGGUUAUGAACUUUUGCAAAAAUAUGAUUUAAUAUCAAAGUUUAAAAUCAGCACAAGUGUUUUGGAUUCUUUCCUGUUGGCAAUAGAGCAGGGCUACAGUAAAUACAAGAAUCCUUACCACAACCUCCUACAUGGGGCAGAUGUCGCACAGACAGUGCAUUUCGUCCUGUCACAGAGCAAAUUAGCGCACUGGUUGACAGACUUAGAGGUGUUUGCUACAAUUAUAGCUGCAUUAAUACAUGAUUAUGAACAUACUGGAACAACCAAUAACUUCCACAUAAUGACAGGGUCCGAAGUCGCAAUAUUAUACAAUGACAGAGCUGUUUUAGAGAAUCACCAUAUCAGUGCCUCCUUCAGAAUGAUGAAAACUGAUGAAUGCAAUAUUGUUUCCAACCUCAGCCGCGAGGAGUUCAGGGAGUUCCGAAAUCUGGUCAUUGACAUGGUACUAGCCACAGACAUGUCUUUCCAUUUUCAACAGAUCAAGAAUAUGAAGAAUCUGAUGGCAAUGCCAGAAAACGAUAUACUUCUGCAGUUUUGUAUUGACAAAUCCAAAGCUUUAUCCCUCGUCCUACACUGUGCAGACAUCAGUCAUCCAGCCAAAGAUUGGUCACUUCACCAGCGCUGGACAGAACUCCUACUGGAGGAGUUUUUCAGACAGGGUGACCGUGAGAAGGAACUAGGACUGGUAAGUCUACCCUUAUCUAUUUAUACAGGUACUAACAAUGCUGAUUUUUAAAUUGCAGGUUUCAUUGACUUUAUUGUGGACCCCAGUUUCCAAAUGAUGUCCGAGAUGCUAGAAAAAGUCUUGACGCCAUUGCAUCGUCAACACAACCAAAAUCCUCGCAAUAUUGAUGAAGCAAUAUCUGAGGAAGUGUUUGAUGACAAAAAACAGGAUAAAAGUACAAGUACUACAAGUCUCCAUUGUGUUGGAAGUCUACCUAACACACCACGCCCAAAUAUCUCUACAGGUGGCAGGUAUCAGUUGAAAUGUCCAUGGGCAACCUGUCUAACACAGAACAAGGUUCACUGGAAAGAUCGGGCAGCUAAUGAUGCAGAGGAAAGGAAAAGAUUGGCAGCUUUACAGGAAGAAUCAGACAAAAAAGAUACAAACCAAUCUGAUAACUGUAGUAACAAUUGUGAAAGCUCUUCCUCAGUGAAACCUGAAAACAACACCAAAAUACCAGCAAGACAAGAAGACACGACCUCGAUCAUUGAUGACAGUAACAGUGACCAAUGAUACAGGAGUGAGACUAUUAACACGAUGUACACACAUUGUAUACUGUGUUACCAUGGAUACAGAAUGUUGAUUGUCAGUUUUGGUUGCUUCGUGGAUCCUGUCCGUCACUGCU